GUAGCACAUUGAACGCCAGUGGGUUUGGGUUCAGUAUCGAACCGGCUUUCUACGACAGCGGAUUGGAAACGCGGAGCGACAAAGUCGCCGGGUGAUAAUGUGAUAUAGCCGGCUAUGUUCAGCAGUCAAAACUGAAAUAAAAGUAAUAAACACACCGAAAGCCCCCGUAUUCUCGCAUCUUUUUUUGGUGGGGCAGCGAGAAGAAUUGCGAGCGAAAUACUAAUUUCCUUACCUAACUGCGUGAGAUAAUCUCCGGUUGGCAUUGUGUGUCGCGCAAUAAAAUCCCGAAAAGCCCAAAGCUUCAAGUGUUAAAUAUAAUAAAAUAGCAAAGAAGCGUGUGUAUUUGCAUUUGGGAAAAUUAAAGUUGAAUUACGUGGGCCGAAAAAUUAAAGACUGAAGGCCAUUCAAGGGUUGUUCAAAGAGAAAAUUCGGUGAAAAGUCACCGUGUGUGUGUGUGAGUCUGUGUGCGUUGCGUGAGAAAAAUCAAUUCUGCAUUUGGUGGAAAGCCGAAAAAGGAGAGAAAAUUGGUGGAGCGAGGAGAAAAGGACACGAAUUAAAGGCUGGUUUUUUGGGGCUGCGAAAAACUCGUGACCGAUGACAAUUUGGCUUGACGAGGGUCUAUUAGCGAAAUCAAUGCCAUUAUGGCUGAUAGUGGAGGAGCAGGAUCCAAGCACAUGGAUCCAACAACCAUAGAUGCCGGCGGGGGCGAAGCAGGAGCAGCCGGAGGCGAUGACGUGCCUCCAGUCCCAGCUGUUCGCCGGCGUCGUGCGCAUGAGCAGAAAUCCUCGAGAGAGCAGGUGCUGGAGGAGGAGGCGGAGAGCCAACAGCUGGAGACAUCGACGGUGACGAGGACCUACAUGAAGACCAUCACCACCUCCCUCACCACCUCGAGUAGCUCCAACGUGGAAGAGUUUAUCCUGGGGGAGCACGCAGCAGGAGCAGCAGCUGCUCCAUCGCCCAACCAGCAGCGAUUGCGUCAAAAGGUGGCCCAGUACGAGAAGAUCUGGUUCGAUGGCUCCAGUCCCGUGAAGCGUCCAGCCGAGCAGAGCUCUGAUGAGCUGCGUCUGACCGACGACCAGGAUGAGUACGAUGCCGAGAAUCCAUUCGAGAUCGAUGUCCAUGAGAUUGAGCGUCGCCUGCGCCAGGAGAGGCAACGUGGCUUGGCCGAGGCGGAGGCAGCCAAGCUGGCCUUUCAGCAGGUCCAGCUGCGGCACACAACUCCGCCGCGUCGCGUGGAGGUGACCAGUGACCAGGUGGCGAGUCCCUUCAACGUGACCCUGCGCACCACCAGUCGCAUGAGUCCCGGUGCCGAGCACGGCAAUGUCGAGGAGCACCUGGCGCCGUUCAAUGUGACCCUAAGAACCACUCGAAGGACCAAGAAGAAGGAGUUCAAGGAACUGGAAAACUUUCUGGAGGGCGAACGAACCGUAAGGGAGGUGCCAUCUGCGGACGGUGUGCGGACCAUCAUCACCUCCUCGAUGACCAGCGAUGGCGGCUAUGCCGAGGAGAAGAUCUAUCGCCACGGCGAGGGCUAUGUAUCGCCCAGGGAUUCGCCGUCCUGGUCGCGUUCCAGUUACUCCAGCGAGCGAUCCAGUGUUACGCCACCGCGGAGCGUGGAUCUAACCGCCGGCGGACGAAGGAUUCUGAUCAAACUGGAGCAGGAAAGCGAACUAACCGAGGAGAACCAGACGAGGGACGAGACCGACCUGUCGUUCGGUCGGCAGGAAGUGGCCAUGGCAACCGGCAACAUUGACAUUACCGUCGGUGGUAGCAACCCCCGCCGGCGUUUGUACCAGCAAACAACUGUCCAGGUGGGUGGCGGCAACCGCACCAGCCCUCAGGACUCAACACCCCAAAGACCAAGGGACUUAGACCUGGCCGGCGCCACGAAGACAAUGCUAACAUCCACGCCAAUUGGCACGAAGGAGCAACCGCAAACGGGUCCGAAAACUCUAGUUAGUCCAGCUGCAACGUGCCAAUUGCGCGGUUCUUCGACGGAAGAGCCCCGGAAAAUUGUAAGCCACAAAACGAUAACCAGCACAACGACCAAGUCCACCUCAUCCUCGACCUCCGCCACCUCCUCAUCGUCCACGUCGCGUAAACUAAUCGAAACGUCGCCGGUGGUCGUCGGAAAUAUCGCGCAAAUACGCACCGGGAAAUCCAACGCCAGUGACAACGAUAUCGACAUCGAUAACGAUUCGGACACGGAGGGCAGACCCGCCAGCAGUAUAGUGAUUGUGUCCACGCCCACGCGUCCCACCACACCGGCAUCCAUAUCCGCAUCCGCAGUGACCCCAACCGCAUCCAUAUCCGCAACAGCUGCCCACGCCCUCAGUGGCAUCGGCACUUUCAGCAAGAGUCUGCGCCAGGAUUAUCAGACUCUGGCAACGCAAAGUGGCCGCAGCAACGAAUCACCCAGCGACCAGGAAUACCAGGAGUUCCAGUCCACCAUGGCGUCCAUCAAUUACGCCCGCAGCAAUUCCCAGUACGAUAGUCAUAUCAAGGAGAAACGAGAGGAACAAGAACGUGUGCAGAAGAAGACAUUCACUAAUUGGAUUAAUUCAUACCUAUUGAAGCGUGUUCCACCGCUUCGCAUCGAUGACUUAAUCAAUGACUUACGCGAUGGUACGAAACUAAUCGCAUUGCUGGAAGUUCUGUCCGGCGAACGUUUGCCCGUGGAGAAGGGUCGCGUUCUACGGCGUCCACAUUUCCUUAGCAAUGCCAACACGGCCCUGCAAUUUCUGGCCAGCAAACGGAUCAAGUUGGUCAAUAUCAAUCCCGCAGAUCUGGUGGAUGGGAGACCACCAGUUGUGUUGGGCUUGAUAUGGACGAUCAUCUUGUACUUCCAGCUUCGUAAAAAGAGGCGGAAAAACUUAGUAGUAGUUAUAAAUUAUGCGCCACAGAUCGAGGAGAACAGCCGCAACCUAGAGUAUUUGGGUCAUGGUAUUGGCGGUUCGGUUAGUUCCCUCGACAGUGUUGGCAACCAGAAGCACGGCGAUCUGAAGGCUGAGAAGUGGAAGCAGGGUGCCAGGAAGACCCUGCUCAACUGGGUGACUAAUGCCUUGCCGAAGGACAGUGGUGUGGAGGUGAAGGAUUUCGGCGCCAGCUGGAGAGAUGGCGUCGCUUUCCUGGCCCUCAUCGAUGCCAUCAAGGCGAACCUGGUCAACUUGGCUGAGCUGAAGAAGACCAGCAACCGUCAGCGUUUGGAGACCGCUUUCGAUGUGGCCGAAAGCAAAUUGGGCAUUGCCAAGCUCCUGGACGCUGAGGAUGUGGACGUACCCAAGCCGGACGAGAAGAGUAUCAUGACAUAUGUGGCGCAAUUUUUGCACAAGUAUCCCGAACCAAAGGGUGCUUCCCGCGACCAGUCGCAUGUGCAGCAGGAGGCGGACGAACUGCGCCGCUUCCUGGUGGAGAAGACCACCGAGUACGAGCCCAUGGUCAUGAUGAGCUCGUUCCCACGCGAUUUUGGUGAAUAUUUACUGGCACGUUCUGAGGUCGAUGCACAUUUGGCGGCCUACAAUCGCUUGAAACAGCUCAUUGAGAGCCAGAGCGGAUUCCUGCAGGUCUCCCGCCAAUCCUGGGAGGAGAUCAACGAGCUGUGGCAGCGCCUCCAGUACCAGAUGAUGUACUGGCUCUGGCUGCUGGAUUCGGAGCUGCCCGGCGACUUCGGCACCGUUGGCAAAUGGUUAGCCGAAGCUGAGAAAUUAUUAAUGGACAACGAUAUACCCAAUGCAAUGAAUGAGGAAACGGCCGCAGUGAUCAGCAGGAAGCUGGAGGAGCACAAGCUCUUCUUUGCCGACCUGCCGCGCAUUUUGGCCAUGUUUGACAAUGCCAAGCGGUCACCAGUGGCCCAGCAGAUUCCCCUGGAGCAGUUGCGCAACAUGGAGCGUAGACUUCAAGAGGUCGGACCGAAGGCAGCGGAGCGAAGGAUUCGUUUGAAGUUCCUGGAGCACAAGUGCUGUUUGAUUGCCUUCCUCAAUCUGGUCGAGAACAAGAUGCGCGGAUGGACUGGAAAGUAUGGUCACGAGGAGAAGGUGGCCCAACAGCUGGAGCAGUACAAGAACUUUGUGUCGCGCAACAAGAUCUUCCAGGAGUUCCAAAAGGCCUUCGUCGAUAUGCAACAGGUGGUGGAGGAGUACAAGCGCGAUGGCAAUGUGCCGCGCAAGGAGAUCAACGACAUCGAUCGAUUCAUGUAUGAAACCGAGGAGCGCUGGAAGCGCGUCUCCAUGGAACUGAAGUGCUGUCAGAACUCCCUGGAGGAAGUGGUCAACUGCUGGCGCAGCUGGAACCAAUUGGCCCCCACCUGCGAGGAGUGGCUGCAGCUGGCUGAGCAAAAGGUCAACCAAAGCGAGGAUGAGCGUUUGGACUUCUUUCAGGAUAUACCCGUUUGGAAGGACAAGUUUGAUGCCCUCGCUAGCUCGGCUAACUAUCUGAUUGCCUCCUGCGAGGAGCCCAUUGCCCAGCAACUGCGUCAGCGCCAUGGAGCUCUCUCUGAGCGAUUCGAGCGGCUGUUCGCCAACACCAAGCAGUACAUGCAUGCUGGUGACAUUAUCCGAUCCCGACAGGAGUACAAGUCGGGCAUAGAACAGCUGUCCAGAUGGCUGCGAGGAGCCGAAAGCGUUCUGGACCAGCGACAAGUUCUGGGCAACAGUGAACAAGUCAAGCAGUACGGCCAGCAGUUGCAGCAAUUGGCCAGCGAAAUCGAUGACAACGAGGAGCUGUUCAAAACCAUCAGCAGGAACUUCCAAUCUCUGAUCCAAGACCUUUCUCGCGAUGAGGUGGACAAGAUGAUGAAGCUACUCAAGCAAGAGAAGGAAUCUCUGGUGCGCAUACGUGCCCAGUUGCCUGCCAAGCUGCAUCUUUUCCACCAGCUUCAAAUCCAACAGGAAUCCCUGGAGGCUGGACAAAAGGAGAUCCACCAGUGGCUGAGUGAGGCUGAGCAGCUUCUGGGAACCCAUAAUCUCUCCGGAGGCCGUGAUGCCAUCAAUGAGCAACUGCACAAACACAAGACCUACUUCUCGCGCACUGUCUACUACCGAUCCAUGCUGGAGAGCAAGAACAAGGUGUUCCAGAAUCUCUUGAAGGCUGUAUCCUCCGAUGAUAAGAUCGAUACUGCUCCUGCUUCCCAGCAAAUGCAGCAGCUGAACGAGCGUUUCAACUAUGUGAUUCAGAAUGCCCAGCAAUGGGAACAGCGCUUGGAUUCGGCAGCCGGUGGAUGGAGUAACUUCAAGGACAACGAACGUGUGGUUAGCGAAUGGCUAACCCAAGCUGAAUCCAUGUUGGUGGAGAAGCACAUCGAAUCGAAGACCACAAUCGAGACACAGAAGUAUUUCUUCGAGCAGGUCAACGAUCGCUGGAUGAAUGAUCUGGUGCAGUCGGCUCAACAACUUCUGACCACAUUGCCCGCCCAGGAGCAACCUGCUGUGGUGCAAAGUGUGGAGCAGUUGCAGUCCCGCUGGAAGAAUGUUCUGUCCCAGGCUCCUUUGCAUCUACUGAAACUGGAAUUUAGACUAGAUGAGAACGCAUUCUAUCAAUCUCUGAAGGAUGUAGAGAAGGAGUUGCAGCUGGAGCAGCAGGCCCUCAAUCGCAAUGAGGAUGUGGACUCCAUACUCCAGCGUAACCAACAGUUCCUUCUGCAACAGGAUGUCGUUCCUCGUCUGGAGCGAUGCCUUCAAAACAUGCAACGUUUGGCCCAGGCCCACAGGCAACAACAGCCCGGCGACAUUAGUCUGGAUCAGGCCUACGACAAUGCCAAGUCGCAGUGGCAACUGUUGUCCAACAAACUGGGCGAUAUGCGUCAGACUCUCCAGCAAAUCCCGGCCCAAUGGCAGGGCUAUCAUCUGAAGUUCAACGACAUGGUCGAUUGGAUGAAUGGCGUGGAUCAGAGCCUUAAGAAUAUUGUGAACGAAGUUAAUACCAUGGAGGAAUUCGAAAAGGAGAAGGUGGUCUUCCAGCUGAGGGAGCUAGUGAAAAUCUGUCAAGAUGCUGACAACAAACGCGAGGACAUGAAAUGGUUGGUCAAGACCUUGGACUCUCUGCUUAGCUACGCCACCGAAGAUGAGGCCAAUCUGGAGCAGAAGAAGCUGGAGGAUCUGAUCGCCCGCUACAAGAACCUUAUCCCCACGAUUGAAAUCACCAUGGUCAAGACGGAAGUGUUCUCGAAGUGCUACACUUACCGCAGAGAAGUGCACGAGGUUGUGUGUCUGCUAAGCAAGGUCAAGGAUCAGACUGCCAAUAUACCAGCUCCCGAUAGCCUGGAACGUGUGAAUCGCCUGAUUGAGGAGCAGCAGUAUGCCAUCAACCAACUGGAUCACCAGCGUCCGCAUAUCAUGUCCAUGCUGCAAAGAGGACGUGAUCUCAUCAAGGAUGUCCAUGCCCCGGCCUUUGUAAAUGCCGAGGUUAAGAAUCUGGAGACUGGAUGGAAUCAGGCGUACACAGAAACCUCCGACAAACUGCAGGCCCUCAAGGGCACCCAGGCCGUUUGGAGCGAGUUUGUGGACCAGAAGAACGAUAUUUUCUCCAUGCUGCAAACUGCGGAGACGGAGCUGCGUUCCCUGACACCAUUGCAAACCGAUCCCAAGAACGUCAGUCAGGAUCUGAAGUCCAAGAGAGAUCUUAACGUACAACUGCAGCAGGCUUCCCAUCAACUGUUGCCAAAGUUGCAUGCUCUCAAAUCGGAACUGGCUCCUCUGGCCGCACCCGAUAAGCGUCCCAUCCUAGAGAAGGAAGUGACCGAGGUGGAGAAGAUGUUCUUCAACACCAUGGAGCACGUGAAGGACCGCGUCGGCUAUCUGGAAGACUACAGUGCCAAGUGGAAUAACUACAAAACCCGUCUCGCUGAGCUGCAGGAAUGGGCCAACAAGGUCGCGCCCAAGAACAUCGAGGCCCUUCAAUCGGAGGACCUCACACCGGAGGAGCGUGUGGUCAAGGUGCAGGCCUUCAAGCGUAUCCUUGGGGAUCGCAUGAAGCAACUGGAUCUUCUGGCCGCCGAUGCCUCCGAGUUGGCGCCCAAGGAGGGCAACAUUGCCGAGGCCAAGCGACUGAAGGGAGAGAUUACCAAGCUGCAGGAGGUCCUCAGUGCCAUCAAUCGCAACGUGGACCAUCAGGCACAGGCUGUGCAGGAGGAUCUUGUCAACUGGCAGCAGUUCCAGGCCGGUCUGCAGCAAAUCAAGCCAGCCGUGGAGCAGAGCGAAGUCAAGGUAAAUAAUGUAGUUUCUAAGCCCAUCUCCCUCGAAGAAGCCGUUGCCAUGCAACAGAAUGCCCAACAAUUCGAGACACAGUGCCAGGAGCAAUUGGACAAGCUCCAUGGCAUAUCAAACAUCAGUCAUAAAAUGUUAUGUAAGACCAAUGCCCCCGACGAAUUGGACGCCAUGCAUUCGCGUUGGACUGCCGUCCAUGAGAACGCGAAGCAGGCGAGCGCCAAGCUCGAGAAGUUGGUGGCCAAUUGGAAGUCAUUCGACGCCGAUGCCGCCAAGCUUGAGGAUUGGGUUGGACAGGGUGAGCAACUAAUGUCCCGCCGUCCAGCUGUCCUCAACACCCCGCACAUUGACAAGCUCGAAAAGGAGCUGGUCAAGCUGAAGUCGUUCAACAACGAGAUCUCGCAGCAACAGGCCAAACUGGUGACUCUGGGUCAAAAUGCCGAUCAAAUCAGUUUGCACUUGGCUCCUGAAGGAGCAGCCGCUUUGAAGGAUCGUGUUAACCAAAUGAAGGGCAAGCUGCAGAAGCUUUCGGAAGCCACUCGAGGUCACAUCAACGAGGUGUCCGACGCCAUUAUCUCCAGGCAGGACUUCAAUGCCAAGUUGGUGAACUUCUCCAACUGGAUGGAGCAGCUUCGUAACCAGGUCACUCAGGUGGAGGAGAUCAACCCGGAGCGGGUGGAAACCAGUCUCCAUGUCAUCCACGCGCUACUGCAGGAGCAUGCCGAUAAGAAGCCAAGUUUCAAUGCCAUAUAUGAUGAAGUUAAGCAAUUGGCCUUGGGAGCAACUCCCGAGGAGUCGAAUGCCCUGAACGAUGCCUACACCGCUUUGGUGGUGAACUAUCAGAACCUAGAGACCAACAUGCUGCAAAAGAAGGCGGCUCUGGAGAAGUGGACGGAGCUGCUGGGCUGGAAGAAUGACACCGAAUCGCAUUUGAACUACCUCAAGCAUCAGUUGGACAAACCGGAAGGACCUGCUGCGGAGGAGCUGUCUAAGGUCAUUGAUGAGAUCGAUAAUUUGGGUCAGGGUAUUGGAUACUGGAAGGGUCAGGCUAAGGAGAUUGACGAAAACCCGGCCAUUCAGUUGAGGGAUGCUCUGUCUCGUCGUCCACUGAUUGCCACUCAAAUUGUAAACGAUGUUGAGAAUAAACUAGAGAAUCUGAAACUUCGCUCGCAGAACCAGCAACAGCAAAUCCAACAGAUGACCGUGCGCAAAGAUAAGUUCCAUGCCCUGGAGCAUAACUUUGGACAGGCACUUCAAGAAAAUCGCGCUAAGCUGGACGAGAUUCUCAGACAGCAUCCGACUUUAAAUAACAUCGAUCAAAUCAUUGCCGAUUUGGUCGCUCUGAAUGAUGCCCUGAAAUACCAAGCCGAUCUGAAGAAUCGCAUUCAUGACGAAGGUUCUUUGCUGAUGCGUGAGGAUAUUGCUAGCAUGCCCGCCAUUCAGGAGAGCCUACUUAUUAUGGACAAGAACUACGAUUCUCUGCAGAAUGAAAUAGCAGAUCGCAUUCAGAAGUACAACCUGAUCAGCCAGGCCCUGAGAGAAUAUGCCGAUUCCAAGGACAAGUUCUCCAAGGAGCUGAAGAAGGCAGAAGAUCUAUUCAACGCUAUACCUCAACAGCCACGUGAUGAAACCGAGCUGCAUCAAGCUUCCGAGAAGACCAGAAAGACCAUGGAGCAGUUGCGUAAGUCGAAGCUCAGUUUGGAUGAACUGGAGCGUCGGGGCAACAAUGUGGGCAAGCUCUUCAGUGCCAUUGGAGAACCCAUUCCGCAGGAAGUGCCACAGGAGGUCACAGCCGCCAAACAACACUGGCAGGAUCUGCACGACAAGACCGCCAAGAAUGCGCAUGUGUACGAGACGGAAGCUGUUAUUUGGUCACAGAUCGAAGAUGCCAAGAAGGAUCUGCUUCCCUGGUUGUCCGAAACGAAUCAGGGACUCUGCGAUGCUGCGGAUAACUCAAUUGAAAUUGAGUUUGGACCCAUGCGUCUGAGCAAGUACCGCACGGAGUUACCUUCGUAUCAGGCUCUUAAGGAUUCGAUAGUGGAGAAAACCAAUGAUUUGGUUAAGAUCAACAAGGGUGCGGAAAUUCCCGCUCUAUCUGCACUCAACAAACUUCUGUCUGAGCAGUUUGCUGAGGUUAACAACAAUGCAGAUAGAUUAAGUGCCAUAACCACCUCGUUUAAUGACCAGGAACAAGAGUUGCGCCGGCGUUCAAAGGAAGCUGGCGAACGGGUGAGCAAACUUCGUGAGCAGCUGAUCAAAUGUGAUGACAUGUCCGGUGAUAAUAACAAGAUCAUGGAGCGUCUUCAGCAAUGCCGUGCCCUGCGUGGUGAGCUCGAUAAUAGUGGAAACGAAAUCGACAACAUCAAACAAAAGGUUGACGAGUUGCGUAAUCUGUACCCAACUUUCAGUGAGUCCAUCAUACCCAAAGAACUGAACAAUGUGCAGAAGCGCUAUGAGAACGUUGAUCUUUACGCCAAGAAGAUUGAAAGUUCUCUGCUGCAGUUCCUCAAGAAGUUCCACGCCGAUAAGGUGGGCAUGCUGAAGCGUAUCAUUGCCACUCAACGCGAAAAGGUGGCCUGGUGUCAGCCGGAGUCCUCCAGUGACAAAUACAACCUGGAUGUCAAGAAGUCCUCUCUGCAGGAAGUCAGCAAGAGCAUUGAUGACUGCAAGGCGCGCCAUGCCGAGACCCUGAAGUCCUUGGAGAUGUUAAAGGCGGUAGAGUCGCCACAGAACCUGGCUGAACUCACCAGCGAUGCCGAGUUACUGCGCAAGGAUAUGCAGGCUCUGCAGGACAGCUUUGACAAAAUCAAGGGAAUCCUUGACGAGAACGUCGACUUAUGGUCGCAGUAUGAGCAAUCGAAUGAGCAGAUUUCCAACUGGCUGCGUGACGUUGAAGGACGCGUUAAGGCAGAAACUAGCAGCCAAGUUAAUCUGUCCCAGGUUCCUCAGAAGCUUCAGGAAUUGUCUAUCCUCCAGCAGGAUGUGUUGGCCCAUGAGCCCAUUAUUAAUAACCUUGAGCAGACAUCCCAACAGCUGAUUGAAAAGAAUCCGGAGGCAAGAAUCGGCCAGUUUGUCACCCACUUGGUGCAGCGCUAUCAAGCUGUGUCCAAGGCCUUAACCAGCUACAUCGAUAAGAUCCGUGGUGCUCAGUUGUCAAACGCUAACUUUGCCAAGGCCGCGAAGGAUUUCAACGAGUGGUUUGGCGAUGCCAAGAUCGAGUUCCAGGAACUUGCUCGCAUGGGCUCCCCCGGAUCAUCCUCUGCUACAGCUCAGCAACUGCAGACCGUCAAGAAUUACAUCAAGACUUUCGACAACGGUCAGAUACUGCUGAACAAUGCCGUCGAUAUUGGUGAGGCUUUGUACCCGGUGGUAUCGCCCGAUAAUCGCGAACGUAUCCGUGCUGAUCUUCGCCAGAUGCGUGAGAAGUUCGACUACUUGCGAGAUGAGGCCAAUGCUUUUAUGCAGCAAGUGGAGGGUGUUUUGAUUCAGAAGACUUCAAUCGAAGAAAGCUACACUCAGGUUUCUCACUAUCUUAACGAAUCGAAAGCCAAGGUGCCCACCAGUGACGAAUUGUAUCCCACUUUGGCAACCAAAAAGGCUGCCCUCCAGAACUACAAGACCCAGCUGCAGGAGAUCACCCUGCACAAGAAUGCUCUGAAGCAGUUGCACGACAAAGCUGUGACCCUUUGCGAUGAUGAGUCAGAGAGGAAGACCGACGAGUCCAUCCAGGAGUAUAACACGCUCUCCAAGAAGAUUUCCGAUAGGAUUACAACAGUGGGAAAUCAUGUGGUCAAGCAUGAAGCCUACGAUCAGGUCCUGGAAAAGGCACAAGACUGGCUGAAUACCAUCAAGUCUGAAGCCAUUGAUAUUCUCAACGAGACGACAUUUGAAAAGGAAGGCGCCGAGGAGAAACUGCUGGUUGUGGAAAAUCUUUUGCAACAUAAGCCCGAGGGUGAUUCCAUUUUCGAUACCUGUCACAAGUUAUUGGAGACGGUGCUCACCCAAACCCAUCCCAGUGGCCAUCCAGCUCUGCUGAAGGGUUUCGAGGAACCGAAGCAGUCGUGGGAGGACUUUAUGACUCUUUGCCAGGAUUCAUUGGUAAAACUGAAGCAGCUUUGCUCUAAAUGGGAUGAGUUUGACACGAUCAUUGAGGAGCUAGACAACUGGAUGAAGAAUGUCGAGGCGGUGGUCAAGAACCAGAACCUCAAGAGUACGGCGGAAGCCAAGAACGCCCAUUUGAAGCAGCUUCAGGAUAUUUCAAAGGACAUCGAACGACGCGGUGCGGCCAUCAAUGAGCUAAUGGAUCAAGGCCGUGAGAUUGAGGGUGAAACCGAUUUGAACCUUAAGUUGUCUCGCCUGAAUACUCGCUAUCAGACCCUGAAGAAUCUAUGCAAGGAAUCGAUAGCCAAGUAUGUGAACUAUGUAAAGGAUCACGAAAGCUUCGACAAGGACUUUGAUUCAUUCAAGAACAAUCUUCAGUCCUCGGUCGACGAGCUGGCCAAGAGCAAUGAAAUUGUGGGCGAUCAAAGCGUGCUGCAGGAUCAGCAAAAUAAACUCCGUGAGAUGUCCGACAAGCGCAUUUCGGAUUCCACUCUGUUCGAAGGACUCAUCGAUCGUGGCGAGAAACUCUAUGGUCACACCAGCCCUGAAGGCCGUGAAAUCAUUCGUCAGCAAUUGCGUGCCUUGCGAACCCUUUGGGACAACUAUACCGAUGACUUGAACUCAGCGACGCAAAAGAUCGAUCAGUGCUUGCUGCAGUUUAACGAGUUCAGCAUUGCCCAGGAUCAACUUACCAAGUGGCUGAAGGAUGUGGACAAGGCCAUGCAGAGUCACACUGAACCCAAGACGACGCUGCAGGAGAAGCGCGCCCAACUGCAGAACCACAAGCUGCUCCAUCAGGAGAUCACCACACACAAUGUUCUGGUUGAUAAUGUCUGCGACAAGGCACAAAUACUGGUCGACCAGAUCAAGGAUAACUCGUUGAAUGUGUACUUGACCUCGAUCAAACAGCUUUUCCAGAGCAUAGUCCAGAAGUCGGAUGAAAUCUUGCACAAUCUGGAGGACUGUGUUCAGAAGCACAAUGAAUUAAACAACGCUCUGUCCUCAGCUAAAACUUGGAUUUCGAAUGAGAAGGCCAAAUUGCUGGAGUGCGAUGAUGCUUACGGUGAGAAGGCGGACAUUAAGCGCAAGAUCGAAACUUUGGGACAAUUGGCUCAGAACAAGCCACAGGCAAUGAAAAUAAUCAGCGAUAUCCGUGAUCUCUUUGAGAAGGUGAAGGCUACGACCUCCGAAAAGGGUAAUGAAGUGCUGGACAAGGAGAUCGAGGAAUUGGAGACCACCAUGAAAAGUCACUUUGAUGACAUCGAAGGCAUUGAAGGCAAACAGAAGGAUGUGCUUGCCCAGUGGGACAAGUUUGAAAAGGCGCUGGAGGAACUUACCAAGUGGUGCCGCAGUGCAGAGGCAGUGUUCCGUGAACAGCAGCUGCAGUCCACGCUCCAUGAGAAAGUGGAGCAGCUGGAGAAGUACAAGAUUCAAAGGGAGUUGAUACUCCAGAAGGAGAAGGAAAUCGAUGCCUUCGGAGAUGCUGCCCACGCUCUGCUUAACAACUGUGGAGCCGAUCGGCUAAAGACUCUAACCACUCAGAUCACCAAUCGGUAUCAGCUUCUUCAAGUCCUCAGCAAGGAGGUUGUUAACCGCUGGUCAAAUCUGGUCGACGAUCACCAGUUCUAUCAGGAUAAGUACAACGAGGUGGAUUUGUGGCUGCAACCCAUCGAAUCGCAGAUGGCGAAGGUCCUUUUGGAUGAGCCAACCCAGAGUUCUAACAUUUUGCAAGUGCUGCUGUCUGAAAAGGAGCAAGCGGAGAGCUUAUUUGCUGCUCUAAAUGCAGCUGGAGAAAAGGCUCUUCCAGAGACAUCCACUCAGGGUAGGGAGAAGAUCCGCAAGGACCUGCGCGAUAUCCGCGAUCGCUGGGACAAACUGGACGAGGGCAUUCGCAACCUGGAAAAACGACAGGAAGCGCAGGGAGUUCAGCUCUCCAGCUACCAGGAUAUACUAAAUCAAACCGUCAACUGGUUGGAUCAAGUGGAGAAACUGAUCCACAAUGAGAACCCUGCUAGCUGGACCAGUGCCCAAGAAAUCCGCUCCAAGUUGUACAAGUACAAGGCCACCAACCAAGACAUCAAUUCGCAUAAACGCAUAGUCGAGGCUGUGAAUGAAAAGGCAGCAGCUCUUCUGGGCAGCGCCGCUCCAGCCAAUGCGGAUGAGAUCUCCAAGGCGGUGGCUGAGGUGAACAAGCGAUAUGAUCAAGUGGGUCAGGACUGUGCCAAGUUAGUUGCCGAUCUGGACGGAGCUUUCGAUGUGUACCAGCAGUUCAGUGAGCUGCAGAAGGCUCAACAGGACUACCAGAAGAAUCUUUGGGAUCGUCUUACCGGCUACUCGGACUACUCAGGCAAUAAGGCAGCUCUGCAAGCACGUCUUCAAAAGAUCAACGAGAUCCAAGAUGCUUUGCCGGAGGGUGUGGCCAAACUCAAGUCCCUGGAGGAUCACAUUGAGCAACAGGCCAGUAAUAUACCCGCCCGAUCCAAGGAGGCAAUGGCCCGUGAUCUGGCCAACUUGCAUGCUGAUUUUGAGAAGUUUGGAGCUUCAUUAAGUGACGUAAAGAGUGGACUAGAGAAUCGUCUACAACAAUGGAAUGAUUACGAAAUCAACUUGGAUAGACUGAUCACUUGGUUGGGCGAGGCUGAGAAUUCCCUCAAGAACUACAAUCUGAAAUCCUCGUUUGAGGAGAAGGAAGAACAGCUGAACGGUUUCCAAUCUUUGGCUCAGAAUUUGCGUCAAAACGAAGCGGACUUCGACAAGGUGAAGGACGACACCUCAGAGUUGGUCCAGAGUUCUGGUGAAACAAGGAUUGCUGUCAAUGUGCAACAGGUUUCGUCGCGGUUCCAAUCGAUACAGGCUACAGCUAAGGAGAUUCUCAAGAAGUGCGAGCAGGCUGUCCAGGAUCAUGGUCACUUCAAUGACAAGUAUAAGCAGUGCGCCGACUGGUUGGCUAAUGCUCAGGCCCGUUACGAUGAUUGCUGUGACUUGUCCACAGUGGCAUCUCGAGACGAUCUUCUCAAGAAACAACUGGUCAUCCAGGAGCUUCUGGCGCAGCAGCCAACAGCUACCCAGCUUCUAAAUAGCACCGUUGAGCUGGGCGAGAAGUGCUAUGGGUCCACAGCAACCGAAGGACGCGAGGCCAUUCGUAGUCAACUGGAUGAUCUGACAUUCGAUCAGUUGUUUGACAACGUUGCCAUCACGGCAAGAAAGAUUCAGGAUAAGAUCGCCAAGUGGUCUGGUUUCGAUGAGAUAGCUGACAGCCUGAAGAGCUGGUUGGAUGAAACGGAGAAUGCCCUUCCAGCUGAUAUUGAGCUGAAAACCACUCUGGAUGAGAAACGCAAUAAACUGCAAACCUAUCGUGACAUCUUGAACGACAUCAACAAUCACCAGGUGGAGUUGGGUAAUCUUCAGGAGAUUGCCGCCAAUCUGCCAGAGAAAACAGACCUUGUGGACCAAAUCCUUAAGGAUAUCGCUGACCGCUUUGGAAAGCUGCAAAAACGUGCCCAGAACUACGUGGAGCGUUACGAGGGCAUUGUGAGUGCGCAUCAGCAGUACUCCAAGGCUGUUAUGGAUGCUCAAGAGUUUAUCGAUGCUACCCUGAAUACUGUUCACUAUUGGGGCGAUCUGGAUCUGGAACAGAUCUCACUGCACACGAACCUCGAUCGCCUAAAGAAUCUGAAGGCCAGCUUGGCCGAUGAGUUCCCACGAGUUGAUCAAGUGAGGGCUUUGGGCGAGAAGGUUAUUCCUGGUACAGUGGAUGUGGGACAGGUGAACAUUAAGUCCCAGAUCGACACCACCCAGCAAGAGUGGGAAAGCCUGCUGACCACCAUCAGCUCCACAAUUGAAGCUAUUGAAGCUCGUCUACAGCAUUGGUCGGAGUACGAGCAAUUACGUGACCAGUGUUUGGCCUGGAUUCGUGAUACGGAUAACAACCUUCAUGCUAUUGAUCUGAAGGAGGAUCUGCCGAAAAAGCGUGCUCAGUUGGAUGCACUUAAGGCCCUCCAAGGAGAUGUACGCGCCAAGGAAUUAGAGGUUGAUAAUGUCACGGAGAAGGCCCAAACCCUUCUGAAGGGUCCCAGCAGCAAUCGUGCCUCUGGUCCUGAGUUGGUAACCAAGUACCAGCAGAUCUUCCACAAGGUCAAGGAGCUCAACAACCGUUGGCAGCAGUAUGUUACCUCUCACGAAGAUUUUGAUAACGCCAUCUCUGAUUGUUCCUCUUGGAUCAAUGACAUCAAAGAAAAAUUGGACUAUUGCUCCGACAUGUCAUCUAUGAGUCCCAAAGAACUGGAUAAGAAACUGGCCACUAUUCAGGAUGUUAUCUUGCUGAAGGACGAAGGUUCUGCUCGAGUUUUGAAGAUCUUAGAGCAGGCCCAACAUGUUUUGGCUAACACCGCGCCCGGAGGUCACGAAGCCAUCAAUAAGGAACUCACAGAUCUCCAGGAUCUCUGGUCCGGAAUCGCUCUGCGUAUCAUGGAUGUUAAGUCAAAUCUGGAUGACUCCAUUACUCAAUGGUCUGGUUUCCUGGACCAAGUGCAAAAUGUUCGCAAGUUUAAUGAGUGGUUGGAUGGUCAGGUUAAGGAGUUGAGUGAGCAUCAAACAACCAUGACAGAGAAGCGAGCUCAAUUGGAUCGCGUUAAAUCAACGGAGGAGAAGGUGCGCGUAGAGAAGAUUGAUGUGGAUGCACUGAAGAUCCAAGCCAAGGAAAUGAUUGCCAGUGGUCAACAAAGUCAGGCGGCCUUCCAGGCCCAAAAAGUUCUGGAUACCUUCGACGAGCUCUUUGCCAAGACCCAGAAAUUGCUGUCGGAUCGUCAAGAUCAGUACAGGGAUCAUCGAUUGUUCAAGGAGGCCUACGAUGAUUUGGUUAGCUGGAUUGGACGAGCCCGCGAGAAAUUCCCAUCGUUGAAGCAGAGCAGCUUAAGCGAUAAAUUGGCCAUUGAAAACGCUGUCCAAGCUACGGAAGCUCUUCUCAACAAGCAGGCACAGGGUGAACUCCUCGUGGAGCACUUGGUCCACACUGGAGAGGUGGUGCUGGCCAGCACAUCUGCUCAAGGUCAGGAAAUCAUUAGGAAUGAUAUCCGUGCACUGCGCGACAGCUUCGAGGGCUUGUUCCGUGAAAUAAACCAGCAGAAGGAGAACCUUGAGGUGACCAUGGUUCAGUGGCGAGCCUAUAAGGAGGAAUAUGAACGCCUGAUGGAAUGGCUCCAACAGAUCGACAUCCUUGUGAAGAACCACAAGCUGAACUUGUGCCCCAACCUACCCGAGAAGGAGAAACAGGUGGCUGAUAUGAAGGAUGUAAUGUCCCGUCUCGAGAAAGGCAAGGAUGACAUCGAUAAGUUUAAUGCUUCGGCUGCCAGUCUUCUAAAGUCCCAUUUGGAUACUUAUGUGAACAAUCAGCUAAGGCACCUGAGCUCCGUAUAUCAAGUACAGGUUAAUCUGGCCAAGGAUGUUCUCAAGAAGGUGGAAACUAACCGCGAUCAACAUCGUGAAUACGAUGCCAAUAUGAAAUCUGCCAAGGAUUGGAUAGCAAAUGCCAAGGCUACAAUUCAGUCGGCGGGUGAAGGAGCAGGUUCCAAGGAGGCCCUGCAGCGUCGCCUGGAGCAAAUUCAGGAUCUGAUUCGCAACCGUGAGCUUGGCCAGAAUUUGGUGCACACCGCUAUUAAUAAUGGCGAAAAGAUAAUAAGGAACACUCGUUCCGACGGACGAGACGCCAUUAAUACCGAGAUGAAGGAACUGCAAACCGAAUGGGAUCGUCUGGUAAAGAAAAUGUCCACAGCCAAGGUGCAGUUGGAGACAAAUCUGUUGCAAUGGGCUGACUACAGUUCCAGCUACUCCCAACUGCAGCAAUGGAUUACUGACAGGGAGGCCAAGUUGCAGCAGGCUUGUGAACAGAAGAUCGUUAAAUCCAAGAGGGGUCAACCUGGUCUCAGUAGUGGAUUGAGCGAGCGCAAGGCCAAUCUCCGCCAGACGAACAACAUUGUCCAGGAUAUUGUGUCAUUCGAGCCCAUGAUUCAGUCGGUUACCUCCAAGGCUUCGGUUCUUCAGCAGGGUGCUCCAGGAACUGAAAUCUCUGAUAAGUACGAGAAUCUUACCAAGCAAGCUAAGGACUUGUACGAGAAACAGAAGAACACCAUCGAGAGCUAUCAGUCCUUGAUUGACGCGGGCAAUGAAUUCGCCACGUGGUUGAGAAAUGCUAAGGAACGAUUGAGCAAGUGCUCUGAACCCACGGGCGACAAACAAGCUCUGGCCGAGAAGACCCACCAGCUGAAGAUUCUGCAGGGUGAGCUGCCGGAAGGCGCCCAGAAACUUAAGAAUGCUCUGGAACAGGGCGAGAUCGCUUGUCGCAGUGCCGAGCCCGAGGAUUGUGAGAUCAUCGAGCAGGAAGUGGCUCUGCUUCAAGAGGAAUUCGAUGCCUACAGGGAAGCUCUUAAUAAGGCCAAGGAUUACCUGGAAGUGGGUAUUGUCAAGUGGUCCGACUACCAGGAUCAGUACACCGAAGCUUUGGAGUGGUUAAGCAAGACCGAAGCUUUGGUGCAAUCCUACAACAAACUGCAGGAUAGUUUGAUCCAGAAGAAGGUUGUCCUCGAGCAAUUCCAGGGUCAUUUGCAGACUCUAUUCGACUGGCAGAAGACUCUGGAUGAUCUGAACAUGAAGGCGCAGGUUCUACUGGAGACUUGCUCCGAUACAAGAAUCAGCAAUGCUAUCAUGCAACUGACCACCAAAUACAAUGCUCUACUGACUCUGGCCAAGGAGGUGAUGCGUCGAUUGGAGAUGCACUACCAGGAGCAUCAGCAGCAUCACAGUCUGUACGAGGAGUGCCAAUCAUGGAUUGAGAAGACCCGUGAGAAGCUAUCCGAGUGCGAACAAAUUCCCGGAACUCUUAACGAGGUUCAAAUCAAAUUGAACACCGUGAAGAACCUUCGUCAAGGUUUUGAAACCGGCCAGAAUAAACUGCGUUAUCUUUUGGAGCUCAAGGAGAAGGUGAUAAUGAACACCGAACAAAAUGGUGCAGCCAAGAUCCAGGAAGAUACCGAAGCCCUAAAGCAGGACUUUGACAAACUGUUGGUGGAUCUGAACGAUGUUCGCCAGAAAUUGGCCAAUCGUCUUGCCCAGCUGGAGGAGAUCUUCAAGCUGUACAAGAUCCUGGUUGAAUGGCUGGAGGAUGUGGAGCCGAGUGUCAAGACCAGUGAUGAGUUCUUCAAUGACUUGAGUGAGAAACGAGCGGCGCUGGAGAAGUUCCGCGUCAUUCAGCGUGAUAUCAAUGGCCACAAUGAUAUUGUGGAAAAGAUCAAUCAGCGUCUUAAGGAGGACAACAGUUUGGACCUUAAGGACUUCCAGCCCGGCUUGACCAAAUUCGAUGACCUGCAGACCCAGGUGAACAAAAUCAUCGAGUCGCUGGAGAACCAGGUAAACAGCCACGAGAAAUACAAGCAGGCCUACAAUGAGCUGCAAGACUGGCUGCGACGCACUCGCAUUGAGGUGGAGCAGUGUGCCGACUGCCAUGGCGAGAAGGAUCAAGUGGAGAGCCGUCUGAAUCGAUUGGGAGAUAUACAAUCAUCAUCUCUGGAGGGCAAAGCCCUUCUUGAAGCUUGUGAAGAGCUAAGUCAGUCGGUGAUUGCCACCAGCGGAAGCGAGGGCCAGGACAAUGUGGCCCAGGAGAUCAAGCAUCUCACCUCGGAGUGGGAGACCCUCCAAUCCUUAUCCCGCGACGCUCGCGGCAGCUUGGAAUCCUGCUUGGCCGCCUGGCAGACCUUCCUGCAGAAGUUCAACAAGAUCAACCUUUGGAUCGAAACGAUGAACAAGCGCGUUACCAAAUCCCAGGAAGGCGAGAACAAGACCCCCGAAGAUUUGGUUAAUGCCAAGAAACUGCUUGAGGAAGUGCUGGCCGAGAAGGACAAUGUGGAGGACCUGAACGACAACUGUGAGCUCCUCAUGGAGCAGAGCGCCUGCACUCGCAUUCGUGACCAGACCAUCGAAACCCAGGCCAACUACACCAAGCUCUUGACUUCCGCUCAGGGAUUGGUUGCCAAGAUCGAGAAGAAUCUGUCCGAUCACACCGAGUUCCUCAACUAUAAGAAGGAAAUGGACGCCUGGAUCGAAAAGGCCCAACAGGUCCUCGAUGAUUGCUCCACCGAUGGCGAUGCUGCCAUCAUUGCCCAAAAACUGGAUACGGUCAAUUCCUUAGCUUCUCGUCUUCCCGAGGGUCAGCAUCUGUUGGCCUUGGUGCAGGAUGCCUACUCGAAGGCUUCGAACAUCACUCCUGAGGAUAAGCAAGAGAAGCUGCGGGAGCUGAUGACCAAGGUUCGCGAGGAUUGGGAUGCCCUGGGACUGGCCGUUAAGCAAAAGUUGAGUGACCUGAAGCAGACGCAGACUCGUUGGAACGAUUUUGCUGCCAACAAGGAUAAGCUUGAGAAGUGGCUCAAUGAAACCGAGACGACCCUCAAGGUGGCACCGGAAACCAAGGGUGAACUGAGCGAAAUGAAGACUCUGCUGGAGCGUUACAAGACCCUUUCCAAUGAACUCAAACAGAAGGGUAACGAGCUGGAGCAGCUGCAGUCGGAGGCUCGCGACCUGGGCACCGAAGUGGAUGCAGUGAAUCGCUUGCAAUCGCGAUGCGACAAGCUCAAGAACGAUUGCUCCGCUCACAUUACGGCGCUGGAACAGGAGAUGUUCGAUUAUAAUGCCUACCACCAGAGUCUGCAGGAUGUGGAGAAGUGGCUGCUGCAGAUUUCCUUCCAGUUGAUGGCGCACAAUUCGCUGUUCAUCUCGAAUCGUGAACAGACGCAGGAGCAGAUCAAACAGCACGAAGCUCUGUUGGUUGAAAUUCAAAAGUACCAGACCAAUUUGGAUGACUUGAAUGCCAAGGGUCAGGCGCAGAUCAAGCGUUAUGAAUCCUCAACACCAGCCAUUCGUCCCACUGUUGAGUCACAGCUGAAAAAUAUCCAGGAUAGCUAUAACUCCCUACUGCAAACCUCAGUGCAGAUCAAGAACCGCUUGUUGGAAUCGCUGGCCAAGUUCCAGGAAUACGAGGACACUUUGGACAGCAUUAUGCGUAAUCUGGAGACUUAUGAGCCCAUUAUCCAGACCGAACUGGAUGCUCCGGCCACCAGCCUGGAGUUGGCUCAAAACCAAUUGAGGUGUGCCCAGGAAAUGCAGAACAAGCUGAACAACGAGAAGUCCCGACUGGCAGCUGCCGUUCAGGCCUGUGAGGCAGCCACUGCCUCCAUCAGUCGACCCAGUUCUCCACUGGAAACAGCCAUGCAGGCUAUUCCCGAAAGGGAGCUCAUUGUGCGCGCCAAGCUCGAGGAUCUGCUGGAUCAGAAACCGCCUCCAAAGACUCGGAGCUCAACCAGAGGUGUCAACCGAGAUGAUGAUGAGGACGAGGAUGAUGUUGAGAUUCAGGUUGAGCUCAGCGAUGUGAAUGAGGCGCUUUUGGAUCCCAUUGCCCACGAGCGUGUCAAGAACUAUCGUCGCAUAGUUCGCUUGAAUAGCGCCCAUGUGGGCAAGCUGAAUGAAUUAGUUGCUAAGGUGCAAUCCCACUUGGGUGGUUUGACUGCAUCCGUUAGCGAACUGGAGCAACAGCAGAAGCAGCGCGCCGAGCUGCAGGAUUGGGUGAAGAAGCAGCAGAGCUCCGUCUCAGAUUGGAUGAUGCGUCCUUGCAAACUGCGUCCGGAGGCAGCUCAACAGGAGCUGGUGUCCAUGAACGAUUUGCUAAACUCUAUCGGUGACAAGCGGUCCCAGUUGAUGCUGGAAAUGACAGGAUCAUUGGGCGACGAGGAUACCGAUUUGGAUGAUAACAUUGACAAGCUGGAAUCGGAGCUCAUGGAUGCCAUUGCCAAGAAGCAGGCUGGUCAGAAUGUAAUCGAUGGCUAUCGCCAGGGAAUGGCUGAUGUCCAGAACUGGUUCGAUACCCUGAUCAAGCGCAUGGACGUUUUGGAUCGCGGUUCGGGUUUGAAUUGUGCCCAGAAAAUGGCGGCCAUUAAUGAGAUCAAAAACGAAUAUGAGCUGCAGGGACACCCCAAGAUUCAGGAGCUCAAGGGUAAGGCAGCGCAGGUGGCGGAGGUCAUCAGCAAUCUCGAUGGUCAGCAAGUGGAAGAGCAAAUGAAGUCACUGGAUCGUCGCUUUGCUGAUCUCGGCAAGCGCAUCGAUCGCAAGGCUCAACUACUGGAUGUGACCAACAAGGGUGUGGAAGGAGCCAAGGGCGAGAUCGAUCAACUCCAGAAUUGGGUGAAACAACAGAUUGAGGAGCUGCAGGCACCCACACCAUUGGGUUACACUCCCAAGGAUGCCGAGGCACGCCAGCAGAAGAUCAAGAGUCUGAUGAAGGAUGCCGAGGCCAAGCAAUCCCUGGCCGAUGUCCUUGAGAAGCGUGUGGCCAACAUGCAGCAGGAAUUGGAACCCGUUGAGUACUCCCAACUGGAGUCCGCAUUGCGUAAUCUCAACACUGAGAACCGCAAUCUAUCUGGAGUCCUAAAGGCUGAACUGGAUCGUGCUCUGGAGGCCAGCAAGGCUCGCAAAUCCUUGGAGAACGAUCUGGACAAGGCACGCCAGUGGCUGAAGACCAAGAUCUCCGAGGUGCGCAAGCUGCCCGUGUAUCACCCACUUACCUCUGCUGAGAUCGAAAAGAAAAUCCAGGAGAACCGGAAAUACGAUGACGAUGCCAAGCAGUUCAAUGACAGCGUUUUGACUGAUGUUCAGCGCCAAGCGGCCAACAUAAUGAAGGAUUGCGAUGAUGCCGACAAGGCUGCACUUCAGCAGAUCCUAGAUGAAAUCGCUGCUGACUAUCAGACCCUCAAGGAUGAGAGCAGCAAGAGAGGAAAGUCUCUGGAUGAUCUUCUGCAGGGUCGCAAAGCCUUUGAGGAUUCCAUGAAGAACAUGGGCGAUUGGUUGAACGAAAUGGAAACCGCCACCGAGGGUGAGCUUCGUACGACCAGUCUUCCCGUUUUGGAGGAGCAGCUGGCCCAUUACAAGAAGCUCCUCAGUGAUGCCGAGAAUAAGGGUGGUCUCAUCAACGAUGUUUCGGAGCAAGGAAAGAGCAUCCUGCCCACACUCAGCAAUGCCGAUAAAUUGAAGCUCAACGACGACAUCAAGAACAUGAAGGAUCGUUAUGGCAGAAUCAAGAAUACCAUCGAUGAUCGCGUGAACGCCUUGGGAGAUCACAUCAAGAAGUACAAGGAUGCCAAGAGCAGGUUGGCCGAGUGCAGUCAGUUCUUGGGUAAUAUUCAGCAGAAACUCAGGGAACUCAACCGCCCGAUUGGAUCCAGGAUCGAAGAUGUCCAGGACUUGUUGGGUGCCUAUGAGGGAAUUCUCAAGGAACUCAAGGACAGCAAGAGCAAAAUGGGCGAUAUGCAGAUGGAUGAUUUGCCCGAGCUGCAGAGCAUCUUGGCCCAGCAGGAUGAUAUGAUUAAACUGAUUGAAGAUCAGUUGGCCCAUCUUCGCCAGCUUCUGCUGCUCCGCGAGCAGUUUAUUGCUUUGAUAAAUGAGAUUAUUGCCUUUAUCAUGAAGUACACCGAUGUUAUCAUUGACAUUGAAAACUCACCUGAUAGUCUGGAGGAUAAGAUCAACAAGUACGAUGAUGUGAUCAUGAAGAUUCAGGAGUGCGAAGGCGUCUUGGCUUCGGCCAAUGACAAGGGCCAGAAGAUUGCCUCCGAGGGUAAUGCUGCCGAUAAGAACAGUAUUACUGAGCAGUUGCAGUCCCUGAAGAAUCAGCUGCAGAAUCUCCGCAAGGCGGUGGAAUCGCAGCGCCAGAAGCAUCAACUCCAGCUGGAAUCCCACAAGAAGAUGGCCGCCGAACUGAGCGAAAUCCUCGACUGGCUGCACAGCCACGAGGGAGCGGCCAAGUCGCGUCCUCUACUGGAUCGGGAUCCCGAGUCUGUGGAGCGGGAGCUGCAAAAGCACCAGGCUCUCAGCCAGGACAUCGAAUCCUAUCUCAAUAAAUUCAACAAAAUCAAUGAUGGUGUCAAAACCGAAAUUGGCAUGCCAAGUUCCCUGUUGGAAAUGCUCUCCGAGGGCAGAUCCCUGGUAGCUUCACUGCCCCACGAACUGGAGGAGCGUGAAAAGUAUCUGAAGAACAACCGCGACUCUCGUUUGGAGUACAUGCAACUGGUGGCCAAGUUCAAUGACUGGGUCCAUGAGGCCGAGUUGCGCCUGCAGAACAGCCAGCAUGGCAUCGACUACGAGCACUUGGUCCAGGAUCUCGACGAACACAAGAUUUUCUUUGGCAAUGAGGCACCCAUCCGUAACCUGGUGCACAAGCAGAUCCAGGAGGCCGCCGACAAGAUCUGGUCCUCGCUGAACAACUACGAACAGUCUGAACUCUCGGCGGAGUUGGCUCAGUUCCAAACCAAGUUGACCAACACACUGGCCAAUGCCAAGACCCAACAGAGUGAGCUGGAGAAGGAGGCGGAACGCUGGCGGGAAUACCAGCAGUCCAUCGAUCGCGUCAAGGCCACCAUCGAGCGUACCAAGUUCGUUGAUGAGCCCGUCCAGAAUUUGGCUGGACUCCACUUCAAUAUCCAGAAGCUGUCGCACGCCAUUGGCAAUGUUCAGAGCCAAAACAGCGACUUAUCGCUAGUCAACCAGCAGGCCCAAUCGUUGAUCCGCCAGGCGGACGCCCGCAAUCGCCAGCUGAUCGAGCAGGAUAACGCCGGACUGAAUAGAUCUUGGCAGGAUUUGGUGCGCAGCCUGGAACAGCGACGCGACAACCUGCAACAGUUGGCCGAACAUUGGGACGGCUUCGAGAACAGCCUGCACGCCUGGGAAAAGGCACUUGGUCGACUGGAGGACAAGUUCCGCAAUGUCGAUCCGACUGUAAGAUCCCGACGUCACUUGGAAGAUACGAAGAAUGCCAUUCAGGAACUACGUGAAGAAUCAAAUCAACUUAAAUCAUCACAUAAAGAAAUCGAGGCGCUCUCUAAAUCCAUCCUCACAUUCCUUGGGGAAGUACACAAACCCUCGGCGGAGGCCAUACAGGCCAAAGUGGAUAAGUUAGUUGGACAGCAGGCCAAAUUGAACGACACUCUGCGCGAUAAGGAGCAACAGGUUAGCAAGGAUCUCGAGGAGAUCGAGCAAGUCUUCCGUCGCAUCUCGCAGCUGCAGGACAAGCUAAACGCGCUUCACGAGCAACUGCAAUCGGUUCACGUCUACGACGAGCACAUAGCCCAAACGGAACAGCUCCUCAUCACACUGAACAGCCAGGUGCAGCAGGCCGCCGAGGAGAGCAAAUCACUGGUGGCCCAGACAACGGCCCACUACCAGGCCAAACAGAAUCAGCUGCCCAGCGACAUUGCCCAGGAGUUUACGGCUCUUGAGCUACUUGCCGAACGCGUCCAGGUGACCAUGGAGACCAAAGAGAAGGAUUUCAAGCGGGCCAAGACCGUGCGCACCGAAUAUAUGGACGGUGUGGACGAGGUGCAGCGUUGGCUGCUCCAGGCAGAGGUGCAGGUGCAGGAGAGAAGCCUCACACCCACACAGAUGAAGGAGCUGCUGCAGCGCAUUAACCAUGAGAUAACCGCCAUCUACGAACGUUUCACCCUGGUCAAGACCAACGGCCAGCUGAUCAUCGAGAACUGUCGCAACAGCGAGGAGAAGACGCUGGUGCAGACGACCAUCGAUCAGUUGGCCGCAUCGCUGGCCCAGGUACGCGGCUGGCUGGACGAGAAGAAGCAGGCGGUGGGCGAUAGUCUGGACGCGUGGACGAGGUUCAUGAACCUCUACCAGAUCGUGAUGUCGUGGGCAUCCGAGAAGCGCACCUUCAUCGACCAGACCAUCGAGCUGCGCACCCUGCCCGAGGCACGCAACAAACUGAACGACUAUGUGACGGCUGUGAAGAGUAUUAAACCGAUUGUGAAGCAUCUGAGCGAAAUGGACAAGGAACUGGAGCACAUUGGCCAAGUGACGACUGUGGGCGAUCUCAAGGACAAACUGCAGGAGGCCGAGGAUGCGAAGAUAUCCGUGGAAGCGGUGCUGCUAGAGAGGAACUCCCUGCUGCAAGAGGCCUGCGAGGAAUGGGACCAAUGUGAACGCAAGAUUAAGGAUAUACGCUCCUGGCACGAAAAGACGAAGCAGGGACUGGACUCCUCGCAGCAGCAGAAGAAACCGCUGCGCGAUCAGCUCGGCUUCUGUGAGAAGACCCUGGCCGAUAUCAAUGUGCAGAAAACGAAACUGAGACUGUCCAUCGAGAAACUGGAGGUUCAUUUCCGCAAUGGCAUGGGCGGUGAUCCGCGCCUGAGCGAGAACGUCGAUGAUCUGGUGCGCGUGCUCGACGGCCUCGGCGAAUUGGUCAAAGCCAAGUCGCAGAGCCUCGAGCAGACGCUGGCCCAGAUCGACGUUUACCAGCAGCAGAUGCAGUCCCUGCGCCAGCGCAUCAUCCAGGAGGAGCAGCAGCUCCGCCUGGUGAUGGCGCCCACGUACUUGCCGCACGAUCGCGAGCGCGCAUUAGCCGAGCAACAGGCAAUGCGAGAAUCAAUCGAUGGCAUGCAGCAAGUCUACGAUGCGACCGCUCGAAAGUCCUAUGCGCUGGAUCCCCAUUCAGUGGUGACCACUUCAUCGACUGUCUCGUUGCUUAUGAAGCCAACGGCGGCAGUAGGUCUAACCUAUGCUGAAGUGCUGUCGGGACAUGCGAGUCCGGUAAGCAGCGGUAAUGAAUCGGUAACCAAUUCCCGACCAGAACGAGACCCCUCCACGACGACAACCACAACGACAACACGGCAGCAACAAUCGAACGAUACAACCAUUAAGACUACCACAACUACGACUACGACUUCGAGAAGUACGCACGGGGAUGACGAUCAAAGCCAGGAGAGACAAGAGCUCAAUGGCGGUGGCAGCACCAUACCCACAGCAAACUAUAAGCGCACCCAACAGGUCACACCACCCAGCGAGAAUACCUCAAACACGGUUCCUAACACAGCUACGACAACGACAACCAAUCCCAACACCCAGUUCAUCGAAAGCGAACAGAGACACCAGCACCACCACGCGAAAACGGGUAAGAAGCUUCAGGCACCGCGGCCAGAACGCCGUGGACGAUCUCCCAGACGCCGACCUCAACAGCAAAAACCAGUGGAAUCAUCUCAACAACCUUCGAUCGAAAUUCAAGUGGAGCCACAGCAACCACAAGAACAGGAGCAACUCUUCUUGCCAGCUGAUGACCGAACUAGAUCCCGCAGCCCCAUGUGGGUACCAGGAUCGACUUCCUACGCUGAGGUUCUUCGCGGACUGGAGCUGGAGCGGAUCAGGGCCGAACAGCAGGCCGCCCAGGCAGUUCAGGGACGUUCCGAUCUGACCAUUCAGGAUGUUGUGGACGCUAGCGCAGAUGUUGUAGGCAUUACUUACAUACCCCAACCAGAUCCAGAGCCCAUCAAGGAAACGCAGCAACAGCCACCACAACUGGAACAGUAUAUCACCGAAACGAGCACAUUACUUGACUACUCUCCUCCCCAGCAACAGGAACAGAAGCCCCCAAUUAAUUACGAAGUCCCAAUGACUGCCGAAGAGAUUGCAGCCACCUACUUGCAGCCCGAUCCGCAGUUGUAUCAGACAAUGUACGAAAACGUGGCCGAUAGCGGUCAGUGGGGUUAUGUCACGGGUUCGGCGACGGAUCCACAGCAGCAGCAGGCUCCACAGAACUACUACGAGCAGAUAAUGCAGAUGCAGCAGUAUCCCAUACAGUAUCAACAGGUGGCUGUGCCACCAGCCACUACGCAAUAUCAGCUUUUACAAGGUUACUAUCAGCCGGUGGCUCAGACGGAGGCCUAUUCCACGGUGUAUCCGGCAGAACAAAAUCAAAUCUAUUACGCACCGCAAACGACGGAGUACUCGCAGGAAUAUUCACAGCAGCAGCAGGAGCAGCAAGUCGAGCCUAUGCUUGAAUACCAGCAGGAAACAGUGGAUCAGACAUAUCUGCUUGAUCCAUAUCGCGUGGAGAGCACUCUUCCCUCGACGACCGGCAACAGCGUGCUGGAUCGCGUUGUUACCACACUGGCAUCGAUCGUUCAACAGAGCGCAGAACCCCUGACCACCAGCACCCAGCAAAUCGAACCUCUUGCUACUGUGGUCCAGAGCGAGCCGUAUUAUAUUGAAGAGCAUGUUCAAAUGCUGCGACCCGUGGAGCCGCAGGAACUUGAGCUGGACGAACCGCGACCUGAUAUCACAUUUGGUCAGUUUGACGUUGAUGCUAUUGAAACCAUACCAUUGGAGGAACCACAAGCUCCACAGACCCAAGUCGAGACCCAGUCGCAAGUCCGUACUCAACAAACUAUUACGACAACCACCUAUGUCUCCGAACAGACACAGCCAACUGUGAUAAUGCAGCAGACUCAGGAAGUCAUCGCGAUACCAGAUAUCCCACAAGUCCCCACGGAAGAGCCCACAAAUAUUGUGGUGCACCCGCAGCCUCAGAGGCGAAGCAACCAACAGGUCCGGCCACAGGACAUUAGCACAGGCAGCACUUACGCCGAAGUCCUCUUCGGUCUCCACCACAAAGAACAUCCAGUUUUCCAGCCAUCCAGUCAGCAACCGACCCCAGUGCGCCUCACGUCCUCGCCGCCUUUGCAACGCAAGACAGAACAGGCUGGUCCUAUCAGUACCACUGCUUUUACCAGUAAGACUACCCAACCAGGCCGACAUGUCGAGAAAUCGACGACAUGGGAACACAAGAAUGACAAUGUGGACUCACGAAACUCGCGAAGUAAGAGAGUGAGGCACGAAGCUCAACCGGAACCACUACCGAUUAAACAGAGUACCAGGAAAGACGGUAGGACGGUUAGGAAACCCCAGUCCCCGGAUACAAAUGGUGUUGCCUCGGUGGAAACCAAAGUUGUUGUGGAUGCCCCAGCUCCCAACCCUGUAGUUGAAGAGACUUCAAAGCCUGAGCCAAAGCCCAGAAAAUCUAAGAAGUCUAAGAAGACUACUGAUAAUGUGGUUGAAUCAGCCGUCGCUAUUUCAGUGCCAUCUAAGAAAGAUACGCGAUCGGUCCUUCCCUCUGUAGAGAAAAAGGAAACUGUUGUCGAAAAAUCUGUGAUAAAGAAAACCAUUGAACCAUCCGUUGAGCCAGUAGAACCAGUUCCAGUUCCCUCGAAGAGAGAAAAGAAACAAAAGCCGGUCAAGGAAAAGGAAACUCCACAGUCAGAUGUACCGGUUGUUGAGGUGGCACCAGUCGCUCCAACCAGAAAAGAGAAGAAACAAGCCAAGACAGUUGUUAAGGAUGUUGAAACCAACAUUAGGAAUGAACCAUCGAUUGAAAAGGAGACUGUUAAGCCAGCUGAUGUUCCAAAGACACAAGUAAAGCAAACGAAAACUCUGGUCGAGACGGUAGUUGAAAAGAAGGUUCUCCAACCAGUCGUUACUGAGGACGUAGAGUUAGCAAAGCCUUUAACCCCGGCAGCGCCUUCGAAGAAGGACAAGAAAAAGAACAAGACAGUUGUUGAGCAAGAAGUGAUUAAGAAGCCAACUGAGACUGUUAUCGAAAAGGAGGUAGUAACGCCAACUGUGAUUGAAACAACCGAUGUUUCUCAAGUAAAGGAACAACAAACUGCGCCUACUUCUUCGAAAAAGGAAAAGAAGCAGUCCAAAAAAGUUGUUGAGACCUCUGUCAUUGUCACAGAAAAUGUGGAACCGGCUGUUCAGCUAGAGGCUGCUCCUGCAGUGCCCACGAAGAAGGACAAAAAACGGGCUAAGAAGGAACCUAAAGAAGAUAUUGAAAUUUCUUUGACAUCGGAGCCGUUGGUUUCUGUUCAGAAAACCGUUGAAAGAGUUGAAACCUUAUCCGAAACAAUUCCUGAAUCAAAAUUAGAAGAAGAAAAUGUGACAAUUCAAUAUGAAAAUGGUUUUUCAGACUUAGCACCUACAACAACCAACACUGUAUCCGAGGAUUUGGCAUCUUCGAUAGAAGUUGCACCCACCAAUAUAACUGAGACCAUUAUCGAAGGCGAACCCACGGUUACCACAUCGACUAAUACCAUCUCGACGGAAAGUGGAACUACAACUAUCACAACGCGCACAAUAACCAAGCAUAUUACCAAGCGCAUAGUGAAGCGAAUUGUGGAUGGUAAGGAGGAGAUUGUUGAGGAAGACGUCAUUGAUGAUUUGCCGGAAGAGAACAUCUGCGUUGAGCAGUACAAUCUACCAACAAUCGAAACCACCACCAAUGAGGUGCCCAUCGAUGUGACAGGAUUCGCUACAAGCCAGGAUACCAUCGUGCAGCAGGGAUCGAUUACUAAGACCGUUAUUACCAAGACAAAGCGCAUUCUGAAGCGCAUCACCGAAGACGGAGAGGAAAUUGUUGAGGAGGUCUUUGAGGAUGAACCCGAGGUAGAGCGCGACAUUACACUACUGCCAACUACAGUGGUGACUUCGUUGGAUGUCAUCAAGGAUGCCGCCCAUAAUGUGGUCGAGGAAGUUAUUAAGCAAGCUGAGGAAAUAACGCAACCUGAAUUGAUCGUGGAAAAGCCUGCUAAGGUAGAAAGUACCGCUGAACCAGAAGUUUCCAGCGAAGUUAUUGUUGAGCAGGAGCAAAAUAAGCCACAGAAGCCUUCGAGAAAGGAUAAGAAGAAGCAAAAGGAGACCAAACCAGAAACUGUAAUCGAAACGAAAGUGGUUGAAAUUGUCAAGCCGCAACAAGAAAUCGCAGAACCCCAACAAGAAAUCACAGAGCCCCUGAACACAACAAGUGCAAUUACAACGGAUAAUAAUCAAAGCCUUUCGUCGGAGCAAACAACUGUCAGCGAUGAUAGCGGCCUCAUUAAGACUACAGUUAUUCGUACAACCAAAAUCGUAAAGAAAAUCUCAAACAAUCAGCAGGAAAGUCAGGAGAUGACCUCUUCCACCUAUUCAGAUGCACCCUCGUCUUUGGGUUCUUACGAUUUGGCGGAGGAAGCAAAUGAACCUGCCAAGAUUGAAAAAUCAGAGUCGAAUAGCCGCGAAAUAAGCGAUGAGGGCGUGGUUAAAACCACUAAAACCACAACUACCAAAACAAUCAUAACUCCCAAGGUAGAAGAAGUCAAAGAGGAACCAUCAUUGGAAGUGACAUCCACUGUGUCGCCUCCAAUUGAUAUUGAGUCUGAGGAGGGUGGCGUUAUAAAAACCACUAUUGUGCGUACCACCAAAAUUGUCAAGAAGAUUUCCAAUGAGACCGAAAAUGUCAGCGAGACAAGCAGUGAACCCGAAGUAUCUCUACCAAUUGUGGAAACAGUCAUUCAAGAUGCACCUGUAGUAGCUGAAUCGGUUACAACCGAGUCGAAUAGCGAGGGUAUAACCAAGACCACAACGACGCGUACUACAAAGGCUGUGGCCAAGACUGUCACCGAAAAUGAACGAGAAAUCCUUAAUCUACCGGAUGUUCCUGUUGGUCCUGUUGAGCCAGAUAGUACAACCGUUUUGGGUGUAAUUGAAACCGUCGAACUGCCAGAAGUUCCGGAGGUCCCUAUUGGAGUCGAGGACCAGCUUCUAGUCACGGCAACAUCUACUAAACGUUCCCAGGCUAGUCAAGAAAAGUCAAAAAUUUUGGACUUCAUUAGCGCAGAACAGAAUGCGACUGAUAAAUAUACAGCGCCUGUGAAAACCGUCCCGGAGGUUCCAGUUAUCGAGGAGCUUGAGAACAGUUAUCCAAUUGAAGAAAGUACGGCACCUGAGCCAGAAUCUUCAGGUGUUGGGGAUGUUGUCAAGACCACAAUUGUUCGAACAACGAAAAUUGUUAAAAAGGUAACCCAAAACACGGAACAGGGCGUCAAUGUGAUCAUCGAUGCUCCUGAGCCGGAGUCUGAAAAAAUGGAACCAGAAGAGCCUGUUGAGGAGGCUAGUGGUGGUGUGACUAAGACAACAACUGUGCGUACUACGAAGAUCGUGAAGAAGCUGAAUGAAGAUGGAGAAACAACCACGGAGGAGACCAGCACUGCCAGUGACCCAGUCACAGUGCGCGAAUCUUCGCCAGCUUUUUCGGAAGUUCCGAGCGAUACUUCAACCACAUCCAGCCAAAUCGAUGGUGCAAUUAUCAAAACUACGACGAUUCGCACGAUGCGCAUUACAAAGAGGGUUUCCAAUGACGGACGUAUUCACCUUACGGAAAGCGAGACACCAAGUGAUGUAAUCGUGACUUCUAGCAUCGAAAUGCCCGAUCAACGACCAAUUAGUCCACUUAUAUCGUCGAGGUCAUCCUCCCCUGCUGUGACGCCUAGUUCCGAACUUAAGCUAGAUAAUAUGGGUGCUAAUAUUCAGUUAGGAUUGAAAGACAGUCCGACCGGGGUCAAGGUUAUUGGCAUCGAAACCAGCACAGAGAGCUUGCCGAAGCAUUCUGAACAGCAGUUCGCUACAAGCAAGACUAAUGGGGACAUUAACGAGACGGAUAGCAUUACCACUACUACGACGACUACCAAGAAUACGAUAUUAACGACUACGCAACGACGAAGCUUCGAAACCGAAGAUGGCACAAAUGUUCUUUUCGUGGGAGAAGGCAUUGACGGUGCAUAUCCACCGGGCACAGUUCAAAAGAUUUCCCUUAUUACCCAUGAAGAGAAGCUGAAGACACCUAUUGUGAAAAUGCAUCUUGAUUUUCCGGAGGUUAGUCUUCGGGUGACCGAGACUGUGACUGAAAAUGUGGAAUCCCUGCAAAGAACAGCCGAAAGCAAUGAAAAUUCCGUGAUUGAAGUAGUAGAAUUGUCCAAAUCUGAAGUUCCAGAAGCAAUAGAAUUAAAGCCAGCUCCCGUUGAUGAUCAUUCUACCAAUUUAGACGAACUAGUCAAGAUCCCAGAGGCGACCCCAACAGUUUUACCCGAAAGUAAUCCUGCAGAACUAAGCCCUGAAGAACAGAAGCUUUUCGAGGAUAUUCAGAAGAAAUUGUCUAAGAAAGAUAAGAAGAAGCGCCCCGCCAUUCCAGAAGAAUUUAUUAAGCAAGAAACGGUUCAGGUUAUUCUAGAAGAAAGCAAAGGUAAUGAUGCUCCUAAUGUUGUCCCUGUAGUUGAAGAACUAACUGAUGUCGCUAAACCCAUAGUUAAGCAGGACCCUAUUGCCCCGACUGUAAAAGUAGAAAUAGUUUCCGAAGCUCCACUUGUUUCAACCACUGAUGACGGCGAGGUAGAUACUAAGCCGAUCCCUGUUCCAGAGUCAGAGAAACUGCUCAACAUUUCCGAAGACUCGUCCCUAAUCGAGCAAAACAAUUCAGAAAUUCUUUACCACGAGUCUAUAGUAGAAGUUGUCCCUGUUUCUACCCAAGAAGAAGUGCAAGUAGAAAAUCCAUGUGAAACUCAAUCAAGUCCUGCUCCUACUAAUAUCGCUAAUGAAAUUGUUCCUGAUAAACCAAGCGCAUUAAUUGCUGAAGCAUUUGUGGCUAACACGGAUCUAAUUACGCAAGAGCUCGACGAACUGCUCCAAUCGCUUUCGAGCGUCGAGGAUGGCAUCGCCAACAUGAACCAGAGCAGCCUGGAUGGCAUGCUACAUGGAUUGAAGCUAAUCCAGAGCAAUCUCGAAGUACACGAAAGGGACGCCAUCGAGUUAAAGAAGCAGGCAAAGACAUUACCCACGGAUCCGGUUACCGAACGGUUGCUCAACGACACCGUGGACCGCAUCGAUUUACUACUACGCCGCACUCAGCAAGGCAUCACCAUGAUAGCGAAUGCUAUGCAUGGUCAGAAGAAGCGCCAGCAGGAGAUCGACGAGUACCAGCAACAUCUGCUGGAGCUGGAGCAAUGGAUCAUCGAGGUUUCCGCCGAGCUGGCUUCCUUUGAACCCACCUCGGACAGCAGCACGGAUGAGCAGGUGCUCAAGUCGCAGGUGGAGAGGAGCCAGCAAUUGCUGCGCACCCUCAAGGAUCGCCAGCAGUCCAUGGAGGAUUUGGUGGAGCAGACGCGCCAACUGCAAUCCCAUCCCGAUGUUUCUCCCUUGGCUGACACGCUUAUGGAGCAGCUGCAGAGCAUCAUUACCAUUCUGCGGGAACAGGUCACAGUGGCCACCAAGCGCAUCUUUACCAUUGAAAAGCGCAUCGUGGAUUUGCGAAAGGCCAAGAGCGAUGAGGCGCAACGUCAGCGUGUGCUUGCUGAUUCACUCAUCAAGCCACCAACCGAAGCGCCAGCAAGUCCAGAAGCACAUGAAUCCAUCGAGUCAAACGAGAACACCAUCGACUCGAGCUCCAUGCCCGAAGAGGAGAUCAAACCGACUGGAGUGUAUGUGGAGACGCAGACAUCGCUCAGCCUGCAGCAGCCGCCAGUUCAGGUGGUGACCACCACCACUGUGGAGGCGCAGACCAGCUUCAAGGAACCAGCUGUAGAAACGGCUGAGGUGGCUCUGCAAACCCAGAAGGAACGUUCGCCCACCGAGAACAUUAUGGUAACACAAACGGUGCAAGAUGGCCAGGAAACAAUCCAGAUCGACACGACUCGCAACAAGGAUGUGCCCGAUGAACCCGAAGAUGUCCAGAUUGAGGCUCGCUACCAUCAACGACCUAAGGGCGAUGUAGACCGCGCCACCGAGCUGAUCCUUAAAAAUGUACCUCAAGCGUUCGAAACCACUUUCGUGGAGCCAGAUGAGACGACCACCGAAGUGGUUGUUGGACCCGAUGGUACCAAACACAUAGUGCUCAAGAAAGUAACCCGUACCCGCCAGCAAGUUGUACAGCAACAGCAGAUCAGCUCAAUUGAGACUAUUAGCGAUUCGGAUGGUAACAUCGAGGUUCACUCCACGGGUCAGAUUAAUCUGGAGAAUGUGCACACCACGGACACCAAAGCUGAUCCCGAGGAGGGCAGUGUCCACACAGUUAUCACACAGCAAACGCGUGGUGCUCUUGUGGAUUCAACUCAGCCCGAGGGUGUGAUCCUGGAGGAAUUCGAAACCGAGCCAACUAUUGAGACGUACGAAGAAGUGAUAGCCCCAGGCUCCCAGGCGCAACUGAUUCCCAUGCAGCCGGGAGAUGUGCAAACCCAAGGCACAAUCCGAGCAGUAGUUCAGCAAGUGACCCGUAAGGUGAUCCGCAAGACGCGCAAGAUAAUCAAGCGAGUGGUGAUCAUCGACGGAAAGGAGCACAUCACUGAGGAAGUGGUCGAGGAGCCAGAGGAAGUGGAGAUCACCGAGGAGGAGACAGCACCGCACAUCAACGUAAAUAUAGUGCGAACCGUUGACGGAAAGGUGGUGAGCGAGGAGGAGUUCCAGCGAAUGAUGCAGGAGCCCGGAGUUCUAAUCGAAGAAGUUGCCACGGAUCUGCAAAAGCCGACAGCAGAGCCGCAGCAAGAGGUAUUUGAUAUUGAGUCUACCCAAGUCACCACCACCACAAGAACUACAACCGCAACCACACAAGAACAAGAACAGCCAGAACAACAGACACAACCAACAACAGAAACGACUAAAGAAGCACCAGUAGAGUUGCCAGCACCUCAAGUAGAUGUUGAACAACCCGUAGUAGUUGCCACUACCAGUCCCGUUCAUGUUCCAACAGCGGAUGUAGUCGAGCCCAAGGACUCCUCACCGACAUCCACUACCGCAGCUGUAGUAGAUGUCGAAGCAGUGGUUGAAGAUAUCAACGAGAUUUGGCCACUGGAACAUCAUCUGAAACCCACCAACAUUGACUUCUCCCAGCACGUCGAAGAAUUGGCAGCACCAGCAGCGGCCACAGCAGAGACUCAAGCAUCCAUGCCAGUAGAGGAAAUUUGGCCGACAAGUCCAGAAACCGGAAACUCAUUGACCCUGGAGCAGUACGAGUUUGAGCCACAAUCACCUCACGAAGAGAGCACAAAAUCUGAUCUAGUUAAGCCCCAAGAGACUGAACCGCAAGCUGUUGCUGAAACUAAGCCAGAAGCCAUUACCACUGGAAGUAUUACCAUUACCAAGACUACAACCACCAUUACAAGCUCCACAGAAGUACCGGAGGAAAAUCUUGCCCAAAAUGUGCCUGCCGAUGAACAACAUCCUCCUGCAAACAAAAUCAAGACUGACAUUCAAAGUUUCCUUGAAGCCGAACAGACUUUGGCCGCAGCUCUAAAGGAGCAGUCUUCAACUCCGACUGGAGCUUCAGUUGCUGAAGAUGUUCAGACUCAGCCUGAGGAAAUAGUUCUUGAGGAGAGGACUGUUGAAAUUUCAACCAUCAAGACUGAAGAGAAUCAACCAGAGCCAGUUACUGUGGAAGAAGUGAAAUCACUACCUGUAGAGCCUGAACCAGUAGAACCAGAGCUGGAGGAAGUGGCCAUUGGAAUUGUUGAGCAGACUGAGCAAGAGCCAGAAGAGCCCGUUCUUGAGAUACAACCAGCUCCUGGCCAAAUCGACCUGCGUGCCGCCACUCAACUCUUCAUCUCUGGAGAGGCCGCAGCCUCAACGGCUCCACAGAAAACCUUCCAAAUCACAGCACCCUCUCUGGAGGACAAUGGCGCUGGUGUGCUGAAGGUUGUCCUGGGCAAGGAAAGCACCAACGAAGAGGAUACCGCAGCUCCGACUACCGGCAAGGUUAGCAUGACCAUCAUUGAGACCGCUGCUGCUCCCGUCGCCGACGCCAAGCGGCGUCGAAAGAAAAAGAAGAGAAGAGAUACAAAGCACGAGGAGGAGCUUGAGCAAGAACAAGAAACUGAGCCGGAGCCAGUUGCCGUUAAGGAGCCUGAGGUGAGCUCUGAUGCGCCCGUUUCUCCGGAGGAUUCACCACGCGAUACCGUUCGUCAUGAGUCCAUUGUUGAGAUUAGCCCCGAUAGCGAUUUGUCCAGCAUUGAGAUUGACACGAAAGUGAAGAUUGUGGAGGAUGCCGUGGUUUCUUCACCAUCGGAGUCGCCACGAACGCCAAUGGUUGAGCUGGUCAUUCCCACUGAGGUUGUUGAGUUAGCUUUAGUCGAGGAUGAGGAACAACAAACCACACCGCGUAUUCCCUCGCCCACGGAAAAAUCGGAAGUCGAGCAGGAUAUUAAGUCCGUGCAGACUUCGCCACAGCAUCAACCCAAACUGGAUGAGACUGCAGUGCAGACGAGUCUGGAGGUGCAGCCGGAUAACCAGGAGAAUGAAUCGCAAACACUGAUUGUUGAGAUAACGGAGACUGAAGCACAAACCACUCCGCGAAGCGAGGAGCAGCCGGUGGCUGUUGAGAUUUCCACCACUGAGAUUCAAACCGAUGUGAGUGGCCAGCCAGCUGAAACUGUAGAGAUUUCCAGCCAAACUACCGUGACCACCACCAUCGAAAAGGAACUGCAGACCACGCCGAAGGAUUCUCCUCGAGCACCAGAGGCAGGCAGCAGUGACGUGGUGGAAUCUCUGGUGCAGGAUUUGGUUAAGGAUAUGACCACCGAUCUGCCAGUGCGUACAAGCGAACAAUCUACCGUGACUGAAACCACCACAACCACUGAGACCCAUGUGCAGACAACCACUCCGGAGCCAAGGGAACAGACUGAAGUCAUUAAACCGGAAACUGCCCAUGAAGAAACCUCAACCGUUGAACUAGUGCAGUUCGCGGAUGGUGAGAUGCAAACCACGCCUCUUGUAGAACAGCAACCCGCAUCUUUGGAUGAUAGUUCUCUGACAGCCACUUCGAUAUCCGUUUCGGAACCCUAUGAACUGGAGGUCAAGACUACGGUGGCCAUUCCCGCUGAUUCGGAUACAUCUGUGGCUGAGCCAACGGUCUAUGAAUACACACAGACCAUGCAGCUGCCUAAGCAGGAGAAGAAAUCCAAGAAGGACAAGAAAAAGAAGCAGAAGAAUGUGCCUGAAGUGGAGCAGCAGCUGCCAGAGGAUCAACAGAUCAGUGUGACCGUUGAAAUCGCACCUGAGUUACUAUCUGAGUCCGGCAUUGUGGUAUCCACCAACCAGCAGAUUGAAGAUGUGCCUCAUGUAACACCCGUGGUGGAAACUCCCAUCGAAUCCGAAGAAGUGGAAACGCCCAAAGCUCAAAGAGUGCAACUUCAAAUCACCAAGACCACUGUCUACGAUGAGUAUCCCGAUCUGCCAGUGCACAUAACUGAGCAGAACAAGGUGCUGAUUGCGUCCCAGCAGAGCAAGCGAUCCGGAGCAGGACCCACAUCCUCAGCGGUGACCAUCGAAGAGGUGGGCUCACCCACGGAGGAGCUGGUAGUGCCCAUCACCCCGGGACCGGACAAUCUGAGUGGCGAGCCCCACAACAUCUGGUUCAGUGCCACCACCAGUGUGGAUAAGACACCCAUUGAGCUCUCCCAGGCUUUAAUUAUGAGCGAGAGUUUGCAGCACUAUCCAGGACAACAGCAACUGACCCAGCAGCCAAUCCUGAUUUCCACCAAGGAGGCCAUAGGCGACCGCAUCAAGCAGCUCAAGCAGGCGACGCCCCAACAAGCCACUCCACUGAGCAAUGUGCUCCACUUGGCCACCUUAUCUGAACAGAUUAAGGAACUACCCACCGAGCAACGCAUCUUGGAGGUCAACGAAGGUCUCAAGGAUCUCGAUGUUGCCAUUAAGAAUGGCGACAAGACUGUGAUUCAAACCACUGUGAUCACGGUUAUCGAGAAGGUAUCAACUUGGUUGGAAACCAUCGAGUAUCGCGUGUACCUCAUCAGACAGAACUCCAAUGAAGGACCCUCCGAAGAGAAGCUGGAUAACUAUAACCAACUUAACGACGAGCUGAGCACCAUCAAGCAAAAUGUCGUCCAACUUGAGCGACAAUUGUCCAAGGCUGAGCCGGAACCAGAGUUGCUGCAAUGCGUGGAUAGCCUGAAGGAGCACGUGGAUGCAGUUGAGCAGGUUACACAACAGAACCAGGUGCAGGACAGCAAUGAUCUGGACAAGUGGCACAGCUUCGAGGUUCUUCUGUACAACGUCUCCUCCGUUUUGGCCGACCUUCAGCAGAGCUACGAUCUUUUGAUCAAUCAAGAGUAUCCUUUGUCCGCUAAACUGGCCCAGUUGGAUGAGUUGGAGCGGCAGCAUGAGGCGGCGCAGCAGCAACUUGCGCAUCUCUGUCAAAACGCUCGAGCUUUCCAACGCGAUUUCCCAGGCAAGAAGAUGCCGCAGGAUGUGCACAAUGCCUUCGAGACCAGCAAGAAUAUUGCCAACAACAUUCAGGCAGAGCGGGAGCGUGUGCUUCAACUUCAAUCUCUAGCGGAGGAGUACGAGCAGACCCUCAAAGAGUUCACCAAAAUCACGGUUCUUGCCGAUAAGCUGGUGGAGAGUCCAAUUGUAUCCAGUUCCCUCGAGCAGCUAAACAACGAGGUGCAGAAACAGAGGAAGUUCUUCGUAAAUCUCAGUCACUGUCGCGCUAUGUUGGAAUCUCUGGAGGAGAACAUCGAUAGUGAGACCCGCGAGAAGCACUCGGAGCUGCACAAGGAGCUCUACAACAGGGCUACCAGUCUGUUGGACAAGGCAUCCGAAAGGUCCUCCAAAUUGGUGCAAGCUGCCUCCCGUUGGACCGUGCUGGAGAAGGGCAUGCGGGAUGAACUUCAAUGGCUCCAGGUGGCUCAGCAACGAGUUCCCGACCUAUCAGCCGUAACUUCCGCAGACUACGAUCAAUACACCACCCUGUACCAAUCCCUUAGCAAUGACAUCUCACAUCACUACGUGAAAAUGACGCAGCUUUCGGGAAUUGCCAACAAGUUGCAGCUCUUGGUGCAAGCCCCCAAUCUCGUAGAGGAAACCAAUGAGGCGUUGAUAGUGCUACUCAAACUCCGCGAGGAGGUUGCUCUCUACCUUCACCGCCUUCUGGUCUUCAAGGAAAUCUGGGUGCAGUACGAACAGCAAACGGAUAAGCUGGAGGCCUUUGUACGCGAAGCAGAGCAGGAAUUGAGGAACAUCCAGAUACCCUCGCAGCCCACUCACCAGCCCAUCGAGCACAUGCGUCAAUUCUGGGAGAUUAAGGCCCGUUUCGAGCUCCACAAUAAUGUGAGAACCGAUACGGGUCUGAGCUUUGAGAAAUCCCUGCAGGUCAUCCCCUUGGCCGACGAGAUGCUUCAGCGGCAGUUCCAUGCCCAACUGGAGGAUCGCUGGCAGGCAGUGGCCCAGGCCAUCGAACUCAUUCAGCACAACAUUGUGGAGUGCCUGUCGUCGGAGGAUGUACCCGCAGACGAGAAGCUCAAAAUGGUGGAGCGAGAGCUGCAGGAGAUCUACCUGACCAUGACCAGCAUGAAGGGAGUCAUCAAGAACGAGGAGGAGCUCUGUCUGUACAUCGAACGAGUCCAAGUACUCCGCACUCGCGUCGGCUUCAUUGGCAACGAGCUGGGCAGGAUUGGACUACAAGAGCCUGCCAUUGAGCCGGAAAAGGUGGGUGAGCUAUUCUCGCUCUCACACAAGAUAAGCACCCAGAUCGCCGAGGAGCUGGAGGGUGCAUCUGUGCUGCGUGACCAACUGCAGGCCAUCCAGGAGGGCAUUAGCAAUCAACGCAAACACCAGGCCAAGAUUUCGGUCAUUUUGGAUGAAUGUGAAGCCGCCGAGCGCCAGGGAGCAGAUGUCCUCGAAAAGGCCGUUGCCGAUUGCCAGGCUGCCGGCGAGGAGCUGGUGAUCAGCUGGCAGGAGAUUAUGCGAAUCCGCCAGAUGCUACACACCCUGCCCAUGCGCCUCAAGAUGUCCGUUUCACCGGUUAAGUUGGAGAGGGAUAUCUCCCAACUGCAGGACGACCACGCCUUCCUCGAGAGCAAGUGCACCAACAUUAUGGCCAUCCUGAGGAGCCGCCUAGCCGUCUGGCUGCGCUAUGAGCGUCAGCUGGAGCUGGUCCACGGAUCUGUCCAGGAAACCGACUUCAUGAUGGAACUCAUCCGGGUGCACGGUCAAGUGGACUACGAGCGCCUGCGCAAAGCCACGGAGCGUUUGGAGGGACUGGCUGGCGAUCUGCAUAACCGCGAGCAACUGAUCGAUGAGCUGAAGGGUGCCGCCAAGCCGCUGAUCGAGAGCUGCGAUGUCCAGAUUGUCGAGCAGAUCGAGUCCGCUGUCCAGGAGGCGGUAGUCGCCUGGAAUGACACCAGCGAGAAUCUGCAGCAGCUGCGAACCCGCUACCAAAGAGCCGUCGAACUGUGGGACAAGUAUCGCAACGCCUCAGCGGCCGUCAAGAACUCCAUUGACCAGCAGAUGGAUGCGGUCAAGUCGCUGGAGCAGCCCCUGGAUGCCCUGCAGCACGCCAAGGUAUGCCAAGACAACCUGACGACCCAGAAUGACAGAAUCUUGGAGUUGCGCGACAUUGUGGCCAAGAUCGCCGCCGAUGUGGGCCUGGAUGCCUCGGCGCUCAUGCAAGGUGAAUUGGAUGCACUGGGUCAGCGAUUGGCCGAGUGCAAGGAUGCCAUCACCACGCUGGCCAACGUGGCCGAAACGCAGGACAAGGAGCGCAAGGAGCUCGACAAGGAGGUGACUCUGGCCAAGGCCUACUUCAACAAUGUGCAGCAGGACAUUUCCCGAGAGGCACCGCAAAAUCCCAAGGAAAGCGAGGAGCAGCUGGCCGCUUUGCGAGCCCAUCUCCAGACGUUGGCCCGAACGGAAGAGCAGCUGCGUCAGCUGAAGGAGCGCCAUCAGAACAGCGAAGUAGCACCAUCGGUGGCCGGCAGCGAUGAUGACGGCAUCCUAGAGGUUCUAGCCCUGUGGCAGAAGAUUUUCCAGGACACCUUCCAGGAGUACCAUCGCCUGUCCACGCGACUCGCCCGAAGCCAAAACAGCUCGGAGGCUCUGCGAUUGUGGAGGCAGUAUCUGCAGCACGUCCAGUCCUUCCUGUCCUGCGCCAUUCCCGAGGAUUACAGCAGCCUGCGAGAACAGCAGCAGCUGUGUGCCAUCCACCAGAACUUGCUCAUCUCGCAGCAGAGUGUGCUUUCCGAGACACCACUGGAAUCGGAGCUAUCGGAGCAGUACAAGGCUCUGACCAACCUGCACAAUGAAACCCUCUCGAGGAUCAUGCAGCGCAAUGGUGAGCUGGAACGGCGGGUUAGUGGCUGGAAUGCCUACCGCCAGCAGCUUGCAGCCCUUUUGGACUGGCUGCGUCAACGGGAAGCGGAACGCAAUGCCCUACAACUGCGCUACAUUCACCUGAAGCGAGUGCCCCACCUGAAGCACCGCCUGGAUGCCAUGAUCCAGCAGCUGGAUCAGGGAGAACAACAGAGCAAGGCUUUGCAGGAGCAGCAGCAGGAGCUGGCCAGGCAUUGUGACGACGCGCUGGCCACCGCCAUGCGAAUGGAGCAGGCCAGCAUUGGUCAGCGGAUAAGCAAUCUCCGCGCAGCCCUCAAGACCUGGCAAGGAUUCCUGCAGCGCGUUACCCAGCUAUCGGAAAGCUACGAGCAGCGAGUGAACCAGUUGCAACAGGAAUUCGGAGCAGCUCAGAAGCUUCUGGAUGCCAACAGCGAAUCCCUGCCCACUCAGCCAGCGGCGAUUGAGCAACUCCUAGGAUCCCUGCGUGCGCAAAGGGUCCAACUUGGUGCCCAAGUCUCCGCUCUGGAGAGUCUCACUGUGACCCAGGAGGAGCUCAAGGAGUGCAUCAGUCCCCACGACAUGAAGACCAUUCGCCAAAGGAACUGGUUGCUCUGGCAGCAGCACGCCGAUCUGGACUACCAGCUGGCCAACCUGAUCAACUCCAUCGAGGAGCGGUUGUCCCUACUGUCCAACUAUCAAAUCAGAUACGAUCGCAUCUCCCAGUGGCUGCAACGUUUGGAGCAACGUGUGGAAAAGGAUGCUGAUGUCACUGCCAUGACGAAUCCCGAACAGGCAGCCAAGCAGCUGGAGCAGCAAGUGAAUUCCGAGCUGCAACUGAGGGACAAGGAACGAGAGUGGCUUCUAUCGACCAGCCGGGAACUGCUCACCCUCUACUCCGAGCCAGAAGUGCGAUCCCAGGUGCAACAACAGAGUGACUCCCUCAUCGAUCGCUGGCAGCGUCUCAAGUAUUUGGCCAAACAGAAGGCCACCAAGAUAGGAGAACUCAAGAUGACACUUCUCCGUUUGGAGGAGCGAAUCGCCCUGAUCCGCGCCUGGCUCUUCGAAGUCGAAUCCCAACUGGACAAGCCCUUGAAUUUCGAGAGCUACACACCGAAUGUAAUCGAGGCCAAGCUGAAGGAGCAUGAGCAAAUCCAACGCUCCAUUGAGCACCACAGCAGCAAUGUGGGCGAGGUCCUAAAUCUCGUAGAGAUGCUCCUCAACGAUGCGGACAGCUGGCGCACGCAGGUGAACACUUCCGGAUUAGCUGCCUCAGCUCAGAAUCUGGAGCAGCGCUGGAAGAACGUGUGCAGCCAGUCGGCGGAACGAAAGGCCCGCAUCCUGAGCAUUUGGAAUCUUCUACAGCAGCUCAUCAAGCUCACUGCAGAGCACAAAAACUGGCUGGGAAAACAAGAAAGCCAAAUUGCCGGCUUCGAAAGAGAUCAGAAGUCGCACAGCAAGCAUAAGCUGGAGGAGCGACAGAAGGAGCUGAGAGCUAAGUUGGAGGAACUGGAAAGCCAGUCGGUGAAUCUUCGCCAGCUGGAGCAGAUCUAUGCUAAGCUGACCAUGAGCGCUGGCGUCGAGCCGGAGAACAUCCAGAAGCUGACACUGCCCACCAAGGUGAUGGUGAGCAUGUGGCGCCAGUUGACGCCACGUUGUCACGCCCUAUUGGAUGCCAUCGACAAGGAUGCCAAGCUUAUGCGAGAGUUCAACAACGCUCAAUUGGAAGCCACCAACUCCCUGAAUGCCAUACAAAAGGCUUUGGAACAAUUGCCCAGCGCGGAGGAUCAACAGACCUCCAAGGCGGAGCCGAAAGCGGUGCUCCAACGUCUUGAGAGCCUAGAGAAGAAGUUGCAGGACGCCCAACAGCAUGUCCAGCAGGCGGAUAACCUGGCCCAGGAGGCCAAGACCAGGACCAAGCAGCAACCCCAACUGAAGCAAUUGCUGGAACUUGUGUCCGCCUAUACCACCCUUUGGCAGACGGUCCAGACCCGCAUUGUCACCCUCAAGACCACUUGGCUGACCAGAGCAGCGCAGGCAGCCGCCUCUCUGCCGGUCAGUGAGGCAGCCAACGCUGCCGUCCAGGUAAACACCCUGUCCCAGCGGAAACUACGCCAGGCCCAACAGAUGCAGCGGGAAACCUCCAUCACAGCCAAGGAUGCCUACAUCAUGGAACUGCAGACGGCCAUCACGGAGUGCCAGAACAAUCUGGACGAGCUGCAGCGCACGGUGGUGGACAAGACCCGCAAGCCGGGACCCCAGAAGAUCGCCAAGCUGCUGGGCAACGCCCAGUCCUCCACCGAGUUGGUGAAGCAUCUCAGCCAUCUACUGAUCACCGAGUGCAAGGCGGAUGGCCAGGCUGCCGAGGUGGACACCGUGGCAGAGCUCACGUUGCGCUUCGAUACACUGCAAUCGCAGUGGAAGGCGCGACAGCAGCACGAUCAAAAUGCAAGGUGCCACCUACCUGCAUCCUACAAGUACAACUGCAUCCACGAGGUCGGCCGGCUAACGUGUCCGCUCUGCACACAGCGAAACUGGCAGCAGAUCGACAACGAUCUGUGGCGCCUGGAGCAGUGGCUGCAGUUCGCCGAGAGCACCCAGAAGGCCCAGUCAGCUCCGCCCUCGAACAUCGAGCUGCUGGAGGACGUCACGCAGGACCAUCGCGAGUUCCUCCUGGAUCUGGAGAGUCACAAGUCCAUCAUAUCGUCGUUGAAUGUGGUCGGUGACCACUUGGCUACGCACACUUUGGAUACCGAGAAGGCGCGACAGCUGCGAUCUCGUCUAGAGGCGGACAAUGAGCGCUGGAACAAUGUGUGCAUCAAUGCCACCAAAUGGCAAGGUCUUCUCCAGACCGCCCUGAUGGGCAACAGCGAGUUCCAUCAGACCAUCGAUGAGCUGGUGGAGUGGCUGCAGCGCACCGAGCAGAACAUCAAGGCCUCCGAGCCCGUCGAUCUCACCGAGGAGCGCUCCGUUCUGGAGACCAAGUUCAAGAAGUUCAAGGAUCUGCGCGCCGAACUGGAGAGAUGCGAACCUCGGGUGGUCAGCCUGCAGGAUGCCGCCGAUCAGCUGCUCCGCUCCGUCGAGGGCUCCGAGCAGCAAUCGCAACACACCUACGAGAGAACCCUUUCCAGAUUGACCGAUCUCCGGCUGCGUCUCCAAUCCCUGCGUCGUCUAUCCGGCAUCUAUAUCGUCAAACUGGGUGCCGUCCUCGGCUACGAGGGCGACAAUCUCGGCGUGCCACUGCACAUGUUGUCUAGUGAGCUUUUGGAUAAUACUACAUUAUCAACCUCUUCCAUGCAGGCCGCCGCACCCAACACAGAAAAUGCAAACAACACCGAUGGCGGCGAUGCUGUCGAUGGCGAUGUCAUCAAUACCACGGUUCUGGCGCGCGGUGCACGAUUCCUAGGCCGCGUUGCACGUGCCUCGCUGCCCAUUCAGGCGCUCAUGCUGCUGCUUUUAGGUGUGGCCACCCUGGUGCCCCACGGUGAGGACUACACCUGUAUGUUCUCCAACACCUUCGCGCGCAGCCUGGAGCCCAUGUUGUCGUAUCCCCACGGACCGCCACCCACGUAAGGUUGUCGAGUUGCAAUUGGAUUAGUGCAAUCAAACACGAUCAAGAACAAAGUCAAGAAACCCUAAACCCUAAGAAAGAACCCCUAAGAAAACACACAGUUUAAAAGAUGCCUUUUGAAAGCAAAAUUUGAAGUAAGAAAAAUUUAAACAAAAAAAUGUUGAAUAUCGAAAUGGAAGAGUUGUACAUUUGUGUAGUUUAUCACAUUUUGUAAUUGUAUGUAAUUUUAUAGUCAUUCGAUAGCUAGAGGCAUUAAUAAAACAACCAAUUUGUAUAUAACCUACAGAACCGAACAGACUCGACAAGCCGAACAUGAAACACGUAAAAGAAUUGAAAA